AUGUUUGGCCUACCCGAAGAGGAGGAGGAAAAAAUCAGAGGAGCCUACGAUAGUUAUAAAGCGGAGGCGGAUAAAUUAUUAAACAAUGGCGACUACAAAGAAGCUAUUAAUCAGUAUACUUAUGUAAGUCAUGGCAUGUUUCAAAAGGCAGAAGCUUUCUUCAACCAAGGAGACUUUGAAAUGGCCCUUGUAUUCUACCAUCGCGGUCACAACGUGCGCCCGGAUCUACACAACUUCCGUCUGGGGAUACGGAAAGCGCAGGAAGCUAUUUUCAACUGUGUUGGCACUCCCGACAGAGUGAAGCUAACCAUGACAGGCGAUCUCUCCUGUUUUUAUCCAUCUGACGAGAAAAAGUCAAGAAACAAGGGAGUCGGGUGUACAAAGAAAACGCGAAUAAUUAUGAAGAGAAUCAGGCCAACAGAAAAACCAGGCAAUGAGAGAACUAUCAAACAGAUGCUGGGCGACCUCUACGGGGACAGACAGUACUUGGAGAAAUUGCUCAGGGAAACAGAUACCACCACAGAAACUGGCCUCAACAUAAGAAAUUUGGCGCAACAUGGGUUGAGCUACCUGAAUAAAAAGAAAGAAUUAUGGCAGCAGGUGAAGCCUGUGUACGCCCGCAAGUAUGAAGAACGUGUGGCUUUAAACAGACAGAAGGCUGCCAAGAUCUCCACACACGAAUACGUUCUGCACGAGCUAGAAAAGAUAGAUACACUGAUGACCGAAGGGAACUACCAGGUUGCUCUAGCCAAGUCCCUGAAGCUCCUGUCUCUGCUGGAGGGGUACACGGAGAAUCAGCUGCCCAGCAAGAUGAUCUUCACAGCGGCCACGCACAGCGCCAUCGGCAGUGCUUACUUUGAGCUUAAAAACUACCCGAAAGCGGAGGAGCAUCACCUGAUAGAUUUGGCCAUUGGAGAGCAGUGGUAG